AUGAAGAAGAUAAAAGCAUUAGUGGUAGAUGAUGACAAGACAAACCAAAUGAUACACCAUAGGCUUUUGGAAAAACUUGGCAUUGAAAACCAGGUGGUGGGGAAUGGCAAAGAAGCCAUUGAUAUCAUCCAUUCUUUUGGUGAAGCUUCCUUUGACCUCAUUCUUAUGGACAUGGAUAUGCCUAUCAUGAAUGGCAUCCAGGCAACAAGGGAGCUUAGAGGGAUGGGUGUGCAAUGUGGUAUAGCAGGAGUUUCAUCACACACCAAGGAGAAAAAGAAGCAAGAGUUCAUAGAAGCUGGCCUUGAUGACUACCAAGAGAAGCCAUUGACCUCUCUUAAACUUCUUUCAAUUCUUAAUAAUCUCAAUCUUCAAAACAUUUCUUGA